AUGCGCAAAGAAGACCCCCAAAAGCUCGAGGCCGACGAGGAACCCCUCAUCGACACCACAGCCGCGCUCCCUCUCCGCUCCAAACGCACGGAGCGGCGACAGAAGAAACGCCAGCUAAAAGAAACAGCCUCCAAGCAACACGCAACGCUAUAUGACCUUCCCUCAGAAAUCCUCCUCGAAAUCCUUUGUUUUUUAAAACCCAGCGCCAUUUUCCGGCUCUCGCGCACUAACCAAGCGCUGCGGACGUUUAUCCUAGAGGAAGAAGAGCGGAUUGCGCGUCAGGUGAUCGAAGUGCGGUAUAAGGUGCUAGCGCAGUGUUUCAUCGUGCCCAGGCUGCUGAACACGCUGGAUGAGGAAGCGAGGAAGGCGUUGGGGGAUGGGAAGAGACAUGGUGCUGGGACGCACAGUGUUCAUGGCCAUAAGAAGCCCUAUCAGCAUAUUGCGGUCCCGGACGCGGGGGUCGUCUGCACGUGCUUGACGUGUCUGCUGGCGUGGAAUAAUCUCUGCUUGGUCGUCGAUUUCGCGCACUGGCAGCGAAAUCUGGAUGUCGGGGAACCGAUCCCCAUGAUCCCCAGGGGCAAGUUCCCGGAAUGGAAUCAUGUGCUGGGGGAGAUUAAUAGGGGGGUGGUUGAGAAGGCGCUGUAUGGACCGCUGUAUUAUGCUGCGAUCCUGGAGGCGCAUCUCAAGUCUACGGUGGGGAGUAUUAAGAGGCAUGGGGAGAAUAAGGGGAAUAGGAGAAGGAGGUUUAGGAUGGAUGUUGGGGAUGUGAGGGCGGAGACGGAUGGGUUCUUGGAGAGGAGUGGGCCGCCGAGUCUGGAUUUCCCGUUUCAUAGGGAUAAUUAUUAUAUGCUGGAGGCGUAUCUACCGAAUAGGGGGUGGAAUAAGGAGGUGGAGGAGUGGAGGUAUAUGCCGGCGAGCCAACAUGAGAGGGAUGUGGAGUUCGUGAAGGCCUGGGCGAGGAGGAGACAGGAGGAGGCUUUGGUGGAGAUUAGGAAUGAGGAGACUGUGGUGGAGGUUGGAAAAGAGGUGUCGUAG